AUGGCUUGUUUAAAAGCGGAAGCUAAAGAAAAGUACCUGCAGUAUGUUCUCGACGAAUAUUGGCGAUUUUUACCGUGGAAAUACCUGGUAAUUCUUGUCAAAUCAAUUCUUGACAACAAAAUUGUUGAAAGAAAGCUGGAAGGGUAAAGUGUUUUGUAUGAAGGCCCUGCUGGUUAGGUCUAAAAAUGUAUAGAAAUUUAUGUUUAAAAAUUCCAUUUGCUGAUCUACAAAAGCCCAUUUACUAUUAAUAGUUCUAUCGAACAGAAUGCCCAAAAAGGCAAAAUAUGAUCGUUUAUAUUCACCCAUAAACUUUUAUAUACUCACUUUCAACUGAAAAUUGUACGUAAAUUUAACAACCUAAAUACAAGGAGCAUAAUAUGGACUGAAAAAGUUUGCUGACAAAAAACAAUGCAAUUUUGAUCGUCUUUGAAAAAUCCACCCGUGCAUGUUGUUUUCCCGAUUGCACGAGAAACAAUACUAUUAUACCUUGCUAUCAGAAUCGAGUAAUUUUUCAUGUAAUAUUAUAAUCAUAUAGUGGACAAAACAUGGAGACAUAUGAGGUUCAAGAACUUGACAACUUCACAAUUUACAUACGAAGAAACUACACUCGAGUGACUCAAAUACACUACACUCAGUUUGUAGUGUUAAUACCAUAUAUGGAUAUCUUAAUAGGUUCGAAUAUUAAGCAUUAAAUCAUUGACAUUUUAUAGUAUGAACAAUGCAAUAACAUCUGUUUGUGAGUUAUUGCGAGGAACGGCAUUUUAAAUUAGACUAGAUAGAUAUUUCUCUGACAUGGAGUUUCUGUAAAACAGUAUUAAAAACAACUGCUUUCUCAAAAUCAAGAAAGGGGCCAGACAGCCACAGUUUUGAAGAAACGGGGGCUGAUAAAUGGCUGGCAAUUUUUAUGUAGCACAUGCGCUCUGAAUUAAAAAACCGGUUAUAACAGGCUACAACUAGUUCUAUUUAUGCAAGCUUUAUUGCCGGAUGAUUGGUAGAUCAAGAAAACUGGAGGAAAUUAAUUAGCAGAUGUUUCUUCUCUGAUCUGAAACCUCUGUUUGCAGUGUGCUCAAAGUAUUAUUGUAUAGCUGGUUGCAUAAUUUUGAAAACGGGUGUAAAGUCAGAUUGAUGAAUAAAGGCCGUAUUAAAAGUUUUUGCUAAAUCAUCCAUUAUUGAUGUAUUUGUGAUAAAUUUCAGCGUAAUUAAGACGGUAGGAUUUCGCACAGAGCAAUUGUAUACUUGAUAAGGAAUACUGAUGGCUUAGAGACUUUUUAAAAAAAAACAUUCUAAGUAAGUAAGUGGUAAGUGGAGUGUGCUAAUCAUCUUUACUUGCAGCUCAGAGCUAAGCUGAAUUACAAGGGACACAGCUCAAUAAGAAUCGAGUCAAAGACUUUCUAAGGGCUCUAGAGCACCUAUGGCAGCCACCUUGUGACUUGUGUCUGAUCACGGAGCACAGCUACGAUGGAAGGGUCAGUUAGAGGGCUAGCUAAUCCCAACCCACCCUGUCAACAUUCCCUGUGAGAGGAAACCGGAGAAAUCCCACGACUUGCAUGAGUCCGUAGCGUAUCGAACCCACGAUCUCAGAGGCGAAAGGCGCUUGCUCUAACGAUUGUGAUUCUGAUCUAUUUUUUAGGAUUUUGGGCCGAAAACGGAACUGUUUUAUUCUGAAGUAAUUGGACGUGCAUUCCAAAGGUAUGAAUGAGUUUAUUAUGAAUGAGUUCAUAUAUUUAAGUAGGCGAGGAGUUCUUAAUUUGUUUUGCAAGAGGUUAUGUUUCAUCCGCAUAUAAAAGACUAAGUUACAAAAGACAUUCUGAUAUAUUUUUAAAAUUUUUGCCAAAUUUUCUUUCUCCCAAUUGACCAUUUGCAUUAUAGACUAAAUUUUGAUCUAGACAAAAAUUUCAUCAUAGCUUGAAAGAGCAUCACAAAAUUAGUAAUAUUCCAAAGUUUCGUUGCGAAAUGAUGUAAAAUGCGGAUAAUAUAGCCUUGCGAAAUUUGCAAUUUUCAGUCAUUUUGUAUUACAAACGGGAAAUUGAUGCCCCAACACCCGAUUAGGCUGUCAAUUUCCCGUGCGUAAUACAAAAUGACUGAAAAACGGCAAACUUGGCAUGGCUAUAAUAUCCGCAUUUUACAACAUUUCGCAACGAAACUUUGGAAUAUUACUAAUUUUGUGAUACUCUUUCAAGCUGUGAUGAAAUUUUUGUCUAGAUCAAAAUUUAGUCUAUAAUGCAAAUGGUCCAUUGCCAGAGCAAGUGCCUAUCACCUCUGAGGGCAUAUGGGUUUGAUUUUCACAGACAGAUUCAUGUGAAAAGAGUCUGUCAACGCUCUGCCAAACGUCAUGGGUUUUCUGCGGGCACUCGGGUUUAUAAUAAUAAUAUUCAAUAUUGCAAUAUUGGUCAAUAUUGUUGACAAGUGUGAACAACGUGGGCAGCAAAGCAUUGUUCAAUCCUGUGAAACAGCAGGCUCAUAAUUUUUACGCGUGCAUAAGUAAGUACACGGCAAAAAACGCCGAGCCCAUCGCUUAACAGGAUUGAACAAUGUUUUGCUGCCCACGUUGUUCACAGUUGUCAACAAUAUAUUGAACAAUAUUGUUGAGCCUGAAUCGGGUGUAACAAUAUUGUUCAAUAUUGUUGACAACUAUGAACAACGUGGGCAGCAAAGCAUUGUUCAAUCCUGUGAAACAGCAGGCUCAUAAUUUUUACGCGUGCAUAAGUAAGUACACGGCAAAAAACGCCGAGCCCAUCGCUUAACAGGAUUGAACAAUGUUUUGCUGCCCCCGUUGUUCACACUUUCAUCAGUAUAGCAUCAACCUGAGCGUUUUUACGCAUGUAAGAUAAUUAAGUAAGUCUGUAAGAGGAAUGCUUGAUGUUAUCAGUCACUGAAAAGCCUCAAUCAGGAGUGAACUGAAUAAUAAGUUCUAGAUAAAACAUGAGCAGCCGGUCUUUAUUUGAUAUACAAACUCAAGCCGAAGGCGAGAGUUUGUAUAUCAGAUAAAGAUUGGUUGGGAAGAAGAUAUCCAAGCCAAGAAAAUCAAAGCUGCAUGAAGUUUAAUAUGUAAAUGAGGACAAAUCUUUAUGCGAUUUACAAACAUUGAUUAAACGUUAAUUUCUUUUGUAUUUUCCUCAUGAAUUAUUAAGGUAUGUAAUGUCUUUGUUGACCCAUACAGACGAGCAAAAUUUGUAGUUUUCCAAUUUUUUCUAUGACUAGUGCACUUGUUGAAAAGCUAGUAUGCUGGAAAAAUUGGUAAAGUUGCCUGUACAAACGAGCAAAUAAAACUUGUCAUAUGAAAACUUGUCAUAUGAAAACUUGUCAUAUGAAAACUUGUCAUAUGAAAACUUGUCAUAUGAAAACUUGUCAUAGAAAACUUGUCUGUAACUGGCUUAUAUGUGUGUUAGCAAGAUAAUUUGAAAAAUAUCAAAAUUUAAUGUAUUGAUACAGUCAGUGCUCUCACAACCAAAUUUUGGAAUUCCUCAGCAAGAGCUCCGAAAUUCACUCAGGAUUUCCCAAAAUUCCUUAAAUAACAUGUUUCUCCCAAAUUAUCCGUGGAACUACCUUUUUAGACACAUUGGCUAGACACAUGCAUAAACAAAAUUAAACACUGCCGUCGAGGCUGUUUUAUAGACGGUUUCAAAAAAAUAAAAAACGUUGCAUUACCUCACGGACCUUCAAGCAUACCCAGUUGCAUACCCAGGGCCUGCGUUUUGGGGGGCUAAGCACUGUUAGGAGGGGGGGGGGGGUUACGUGCUCCUCCAAGAAAAAUCUGAAAUUAGAGUCCCUCAAGUGCGAUUUCCUGCGUUUUGGUCUCGUCUUUCAAUGAAUACUUUGAGUCAAGCCAAUAUCUUUGUCUAAAUGUUUGAAAUCUCAAAAUUCCUUAGAAAAAUCCUUAAAAUAUUAAUUCCUUAGAUAAUUCCUUAAAACUUUGCAAAAUUCCUGAUUCUAAGGAAAAAUCCUUAGAAGUGAGAGCACUGUUGAUACUAGAGCUGUGCGGUUAACCGAAAAAAUUCGGGUAAUCGUUCCAUGUUUUGCGCACCAAUAUAGUAAACGUUAUGUAAUGGAUAUUAUAGUGUAUUGAAAAGUUCACUAGAUACCUCCAUACACAAAAAUACACACCCUAACCCCAACCUUAAACCUAACCCUAUAAAUACCUAACCCCUAACCCCUAACCCUAACCUAUAUUGGUGUGCGAAACAUGGAAUGAUAACCAAAAUUGGGUUCUUUCAGUACUUUUUUAGCACCGAAAAAUUAUACGCAAAAGAACCGGUAGUUUUGGUUUUAAUUUCUCGUUUAACGCCCGCCAAACGCCCACCUGAUCAGUGCUUCCACUUUGAAAAACCAAAAAAUCCUUUUUUCUCCUUAUUUUGACCGAAAUUUCCUUCAAAAAAUUGUGAAAUUUCCUUCAAAUUUCCUUUAUAAAAUUACUGUACGUUGAAUAUUCUCCAAAAUGAACCUCAAAAUAGCCUUUUCUCAACAUAACAAUCAUCUGGAUGUAUCAUUACUCUAAAGUCUAACACAAUUAUAUGACUUUAUUUCCACACAGAUAAGUGAGAUAACCAGGGGGAUAACGUCGGCGCGGCUGUAAAAGUGGGGGGGGGGCACACUUAGUGCCCGCCGAAGGGGGGUGAUGGCAGGUGACAUUCUGGGGGACCCGGGGGCAUGCCCUCCGGGAAAAUUUUAAACUAGGGUCUCUGAAAUGCCAUUUCCUGCACUUUAGAAGGAGAUUUACAGAGUUCCAAAGGUAACAAAAUGUCAUAAAAUUUCUCAAGUUGUUUUUUCUGCAUGCGUAACUGAAAUAAUAUCAUUUAACUUUGUUUAUUACUGACCAUUGUUAAAAAGUGAAGGGCCCAAAGACACUUAAGCCCCCCCCCCCAACUAAAAAAGUUUCCAACAUCCCUGGAGAUAACUAAAAACUAUAAACAGAAUGACGUCAUUCAGGGAGAUAAAAUUGAAUAAUGAAAUAUAAAUUCUCAAUUUCUAUUCUCUUUUAGAUUGUGGCCAGAUUGAGGCUUAUUUUAAAUUUUAUUUUCAAAAUAUAUUAAAUAUUACCAAUUUUGGCGAAAUUUUGCUUUUUCCUUCAAAUUUCCUUCGUUCUUCUAGAAUUUCCUUCACAUUUCCCUCAGAAUUUAUUUCCUUCAAAUUUCCUUCAUUUUGCAAAAAUUUCCUUUCAAAAGGAAAUUUCCUUCAAAGUGGAAGCGCUGCACCUGAUUGCAGGUUGAAAUAUUUGAAAAAUAACAAGAUUGUGCACUUUGUGCACAAUAUGCACUGUACUAAGUGCUCAACUUAACUGGUAGCUGUUUCUCCUCAAUUAUUUGAAGACCUUGAGUAGAGGUCCUACCAAGGAUUGAACCCAGGUAUCCCAGCUUGAAAGGCAAGCGUGGUGACCACGACAUAUAACACUAAAAAUCAGGUUUCAGGUAUAUUAUUUAGUCACGAUAUCAGAUCAGAUGCUGUAUAGGCUGUAUUCUGUAGCGGCUGAGUAAAUUGUAUAAUGUUCAGGUUAGAUAAAUUAAUCUGACAAUUUUGAUCAAUUUGUCAACCCAAUACUACAAGGUUUCCAAAAAGCAUUUGAGCAAUCACGCAUGCCAGCAUUUUGAUAAAAAAUACUCUUAAUGACUUAAAGGGAUAUGGCAAUAUAAAUUAAGUUUGUCUUAUUUGAAAGAACAUUUAAAAUGAUAUAUAAACUUCCUUUACAAUUAUUCCGUAUCUUGCUUGUUUUCGAAACAAAUCGACUUAUUUUGAUCAAAAGCAGCGUGCAUUCCGCCAUCUUGGAUAUGCAUUCAAUAUGCAUACGUCACAAGUAGGGUAAAAAGCGAAAUUUUUAUCUUGCAAACCACAUGACAUUAUCAAUAUGAAACUCGAUUUUCCGAAGUCUUUUUAGUAUUCAAUUAACUCAUAACAUUUUAAGAAACUUUUCGAAGAAAUUUAGUCCCACACGAAGAAGUUUUAACAAGACGCCUGCUCUGGCGUUCACACUGACCUGAAAAUGACGACAUACGUGCUAUGGUGCAAUAGACAAGAAUACAAAUCGUGAACCGCAAACGCAAAGCGUGAAAGGCUAAAAGCGUGGCGUGAUCCUCAGGAGAUGUUUUUGUAAUGCCCAAUGAAACACAAGUAUUACUCACAAAUACAAACGUUACUAUAAAUGCACAUGGUCUAGCUCUGAGCAUGCGAUGCGCUAACGCAGACAACAUUGUUUACAUUCCGCCAGUCCGUAUAUUAAACGCAUAAAAUUCGAAAAACUCAGCGAUCCAGAUAUUGCAUUUCCAGAGAUGUUGCACGAAAAAAAAACCCAACCAGUCAAUUUCCAAGGAAGUGCAGGAGAAGGAUAAAUCCAAAAUCCACAGAAAAACGCGCUAAAAUUCGUUGAGAAAUGAAUAAAUUGUUUGAGACUGAAAUAGUCACUCAUUGGGUGGCCGCCAUCUUGAAAACUGAUCUGUAUAGUAAACUGGAACGACUGGAACACUGGAAACUGAGCCUGCGAUGCGCUAACGCAAACUCGAUUUCUCGACGACGAAAAAAAAACAGGGAAAAACAGAUAUUUAGGGAUUUAAGACACUUGACCUUUCAGGUCAGUGUAACAAGUUUACCCUGCUUGUGAUGUCAUAAAAAACUCAGUUGAUUAGGUAUCAUUGCGUACUGUUUUUGGUCAAAAAGUUUCGAAAACCAAGCAAGGUAUGAAAAAGUUGUAAAGGAUCUUCAUAUAUAACUUUAAAAGUUCUUUCAAAUAAGACAGAGUUAAUUUUUAUUGCCAUAUUCCUUUAAUUAAAAACAAGUAUUUUUCUAUUACUGAAUUAAUAAAAAAGCGAUCUCAGAGCGCAGGAUAUGCUGUUUCAGUGACCCAAAUUUCAAAAUAAUUUCCUGGGGAGCAUGGCAGUGGACUUCCCCAGUGGACGCCUAAAAUAUGGAUUUCAAUGUUUUCAAGGUGACUGGCCAACUCAAUUUUAGCUCGGCCGUUAUUUCGCGCCCUGCUGCAUAUGCGUUUUAUAUAAUUGAGAGCCACAUAUACAGAACCGCAAUAGAUGUAACAAUUUUACUGCUUGAAUGUAUUUUCUCAAUUUUUACUAGACAUAUCGGUUGGUUCUAAAGAAGUCUUUUAAUUUUGAGCUUUCAGUGCUGAAAUUAUAGUUUCGAAAACAUCAAAACAGACAUAUUAUACCAAGAUAUGAUGGUAAGAUAAUCCUUGCAUGGUAAGGUGACGAUAUAUUAAAUAAUCUUUACAAAUCUCUUGCAAUAGAUGAUUCCCAGCUACAGACUAAAUUUUGAUCUAGGCAAGAAGAACAAAAUCCAUCACCACAGCUAGAAAGAGCAUGUAUCAAAAUAAGUCUAUAGCUGGCAAUAAUCUAUGUACAUGUCUUUACUACAAUCUUUUUUUGAUAUUUUGAUGACGAGGCCAUAGACAUAGUCAGGGACGCCGGAACGAUCAUAAGGCAAAGGGGGGCGGACGCACAGCAAGGGCACUUCUGUAAAGCAAAACUUGAAAAUCUUCCGAAAUAAUUUUUUUUUAUCAAAAAAUUUGGGCGACCCCCCCCCGGUCGCCAAAAAAAUUUCGGUCAGUGUACCAUUUUAGGGGUCAAAAAUUUUUUCCGGACAUACCAUAAGUGAAAUAUAAACUGUAAAUUGUCUGAAUCUCAUCAUUUUUGGACAAAAACCAUUGUUCUAAAUGUGAUUUAUCACGUAUUUUUUUAAAACUAAAAGGGCACUUCUGCCCCCCCUGCCCCCCCUAGCAAAAGGCAGGGGGGGCAGCCGCCCCCCCUGCCCCCCCAGUUCCGGCGUCCCUGGACAUAGUGUGCUGCUUAGCAGAGGUCGCUUUCUCACUACUAUAUACUUUAUACUACAACGACAACUAACAGACGUACAAUUCACUUUUCAUUGAUUUAUUUCAGUAUAUGAUGAUAUGGGAACCCCAAUAAAGGGAUCCCAUUCGAACACUUAAAAAUGCCACAUAUAGUUUGCUGGUGAUCUACCAUUCUAUAAUUAAAUUUAUCAAAGUCAAAGAUAUGAUGAUUGAUAGUCUUGAAACUGAACAGAAGUCAUUGUGAAUAUUUUUUAUUAUUAUUUUAUUUAGGUGUGCUAUUUUCUGACGUUUUUAACGUUUGAAAGUUGGAAAUUUUGUCAGAAAACGUUGAACUAGCGCCGUGAUUUUGACAAGGUGUUGUCAAAAUCACGGUAUGGCGGAUUUGUUAUAUUGUUUAAUGUUUCAAACAGUUUUUUCCGAAUUUUUUCAGGUUGUUGUUUGCCCAGAACGACGUCGGUUGAAUCAUAUUUCAUUUCGAUUAACCGCCUCACCCUAGUAUAAACGCAGACAGACAGACAGACAGACAGACAGACAGACAGACAGACAGACAGACAGACAGACAGGAGGAUGUCUGACUAUCGAGUUUGGAUUACAGUUAGGUCGACAUCUCAAAAAUUUUCCGGACAUACCAAAAAAAUUUUCCGGAGAUAUCACAUUUUUUCCGCAAAAUGACAAAAAUGUUUCGGACAUACCAAAAAAUUUUCCGGAGAUAUCAUAUUUCCCCCCGAAAAUGACAAUAUUUUUCUGGACAUCAUAAUUUUACCCGAAAAUAACAGAAUUUUUCAAGACAUACCAAAAUACAAAAAUCAAAGGCUAUUGGGCAAAAAAUGCAAUCUAAACUACAUUUUUCACGUAGGUAAAGGGCACUUACCUGCCCCCCCGGUUCCUACGCCCUGACUACAAUCUUUGACAAUAUAGAUUGGGACAAUCUAGUUUUCACAUGCAUUCGGUUAUAAUAUACCAUUUCCUGAUACAUAUUUCCCACCCUCCCUCCCCCCAACCGUUUCAAUGUUGGCGCCGCGUAUCCAGACAUCAGAUUUUUGUUGGCCCAACAUUGAACUGGGGGAACGGGGGGCGCUAUUCCUUUCAAAUUAUAUGAAAUUACAGCAGCUGUCUCAUAGUUUCUGGCAAAGAUUGUAGUUCUAAACUGUAUUAAUUUUAUACGAAAGUAAAUACAAGACAAUAUUUACGUACAUAAUCAUUUAUUUCAAACAGUUUGUUUAGCCGUCGUCCUGACGACGCCGUUUUACAUGCGUAAACUCGAUCUAUUUAUAUGGUAAACUCCAUAACUUGGGUUAAUUGCCAGUGUAAUCGACAUUGAAUAAAUUAUUAUAAUUUAUGGAUUUUUUUUAGAUUACCAAAAAGAUUUUUCGAAUCAGUUCUAUCAUUCCCUGUCUACUAUGUAUUGCUAUUUCAUUCGCCCAAAGUAAGUUUACUUUAGUUAAACCUGUUACUGUAGGUCAAAUAAAUGAGAAGCGAGAAGGAAGAGCCUCUGGUCACAUCGGUUGCAAAUCCCACUUCCACACUUGAUUAGGUUCAGAAUUUGAAUAGCUUUUAUAGCUAUAAUUAGCUUACAGUAAUGUUUGUUUCCCAAACCGGUUUGACAUAUUUUUACAAAUGGCCAAUCACAUGCGAGAUUGAAAUUCUGAACCUAAUCAAGUGUGGAAGUGGGAUUUGCAACCGAUGUGACCAGAGGCUCUUCCUUCUCGCCUCUCGUUUAUUUCGCCUCGCAAAGAGCCUCUGGAACCAGGGUACUGUAGGUCGAGGGUAGAGUAUUUACUAAAGUAAGUUAAGUUUCGUUGGUUCUCUCCUGUGCUUUGAGGAUUUCCCCAGGUACUUGGGUUUUCUCCCUCAACAAAAACUAACCCUUAGUCCUUAGUUGUCAAACACGGGUAUCAUGAGCCUCAGACUCGCGUGAAUUGGGCAACGAUACCCUGCCCCUGUGUAUGAUGUCGAUGUUGAUGAUCAUGAUAAUCAUGUUGAUGCAUAACUAUACUACAAAAAAAAUUCAGGUCAACCACCACAAAUCCUUGUGUGUCCAACGAAAAAUAUUACAAUGGCAUAUAGUUUAUUAUACAAUAGACAUGCAUGUUUCAAAUGGAUAAACCGACGAUAUAUAACUGCUAGAAAAUGUCCACCCACCAUUAGCAAAUAUGAAGUACUUUAAAUUCAAAGCCUGAAUACCUGAUGGAACAAAAGUUGAACAAAAUGUACUUCUGAUCUUGACUUUUAAAUAUUUCUUUGUGUAGAGAUUGACAAAUUCUCCUGCGACUUUGAAGAUAACAUUUGCCAAUGGACUCAAGAUAAAACUGAUGAUUACGAUUGGAGCAGAAAUCAAGCUUCUACAAGAAAAGGCACUGGUCCACUUACAGAUCAUACCAAGGGUUUGGAUAUAAAGUGUUAUAUUUUGUUGGUUCACAUACACACUUUCAUCACCGUCAUAUUCACCAUCAUUAUCACUACCAACAGCGCUAUCACCUCUUCACCAACAUCAUCACUACCAAUAAUUGUCAACAUCACCACCACAAACACCAUCAUCACAGAUAUCACCACAAUCAUUACCAUCAGAAAGUUCUACAUCUGCUGACUUUUUAUUUAAAGAUUCUUGUUUUAAACAUCUUUUACUUGAAAUAUAUUAUAUUAAUUAAUAAUUUUUAAAAUGUAAAUCCAUUACAUUGUUUUAUCGAAGAUGGAUAAUUAAAGUGGCAGCGUCAUUAACAUUUUUAUUGUCUCAAACGAAAGAACUCCUAAAACUGUAAAGUAAGUUCUAUUGAAAAAAUUGGUUCCCAUGGCUUGUUCUCGAGAUAUUUCAUUUUGUUUGAAACCAUGUGACGUCAUUUACUCAAUUACAUAUAUAAUGAUAUCAGUUAAUGUUGCUAUUUUUGACAGAUUUGUUUUAAAAAACAGCAUGCUUAAAGAGUGAUGGUCAACCACAAUGCAAUGCGUGCGUUUGUUUACGUUUCUGUUACGUUGUGGGCCAGAGGCAGCCAUUUUUGUGACCUCAAAAUGGCGGCAACAAUUGAGAAAAGUAACAGAAAACCGUAAACAAAAGCGCGCAUUGCAUUGUGGUUGACCAUGACUCUUUAAGGUAAAUUAACAAACGCGCCGCAUCUUUGGAAAGAUUUUGAUAAAUAAUAGCAAAGAUAUACAACAAUUACUGAUAUCUCAUCCCCGAGCCAACGGCGCUUUCCGGGCGUAAGCCCGGGGCGAGGGUGCUAAUUCCGUCCGGCUAUCAAUACCUGGGUAUGUGAAAACAUAGCGAAGUUCAAAGUUGUCCUCCAUUUUUGUUUAUGUCAUGGAUGGUUUUCGACGUUAUGCGCAUGCAUGAGUGUAAGCUCUGGCUAAAUAAUUGUUUUUCAUUUUGUGAAGGUAGUUUCCUCCGCAGGCCUCUCUAUGGGCUUGCGGAGGAGGCUAAGACAAAUUUAGGUAUGAAAGAUAAGUUUUGAGAUAACAUCGCUAUCUUGAUGUCCUCAAUUUUUUAUUCUAGGCCCACUAACAAACAAGAAGCAAGGUCCCGGCUCCAUACGACAUAGCUCCAGCAAGUGUAUUCAUGUUGUUGAAGGCGCUGAUAUAAGACCAAAAGAGGGAUAUUUCCUUGUGAUAUACACAGGAUGUGGAGAAGACCGGAUGGAGUUCCGGCUCUGGCCAAAUGGAAUGCUGAUGCUUACUAAAUAUGGCAUGUGCGUGAAGCCUACUGGCCCGGAGACUGAUGGAGUGAAGGUUAGCCUGCGAACAGGCUCUCAAGCUGAAUUGAGAGCCUGCAUCGAUGACUAAUGAAUUUGAAUAUCUGCGUCUCAAAUCAUGACGCGAAAUUCUCAUUGGUCAGAUGCUAUAAUUUAUAUGUUUCCGCUGAGCUCUAUAUAUGUCAACUGCUGAAGGACUAUGCAUAAAAAACACUGAUUAACUGAUCAAAUUGGUCUUGGACGUCUUAUCUCAAAGCACGAAAUGUUCUGUUCUGAGAAAACAGUAUUUAAAACAUUUGAACUUUUGCUUGAAUAUCUUAUAUUUCGAAAAACAGUAUAAACUGCACGGUCUAAAUUUAGUUUGCACGGUCUAAAUUUAGUUUGCACGAAAGUUGUAAACAACACCAUAUAAGGAUAGACAUUCCAUAUUUGGAAAAACGAACGUUACGGGGCAGAUAUUCAAAUUCAUUAGUCAUCGAUGCAGGCUCUCAAUUCAGCUUGAGAGCCUGUUCGCAGGCUAAGUGAAGGUUGGUAAAAAUUGUGAGAUAUAUUUCUAGUUUUGAGAUGUAUUUCUUAAUUGUUACAAUGUGUUAACGCUGAACGAGAACAAACAGACAUGAUCAGUUAUAAAUAUGACGUAUUUAAACUCUUUAUCCAGUGAAAAUAAAGUCAGUAACCUACCUACGUACAUAUUUACCUAGUACAUGUUUUCCUUUAUUACAUAUUUACCUACAUAUUUAUUUGUCUCUUUUUUUCAAGGUGGGUGUUUUCAACAGUUGUAAUGCGACAGACACGUGGAGUUGGACUGCUAAAGGAUCAUUGCAGUACAAAAAGAAAAUGUGUCUGAAGCCAGAAACUGGAGGGGAGCACCCAAGGAAUCAUGCAGAUCUCGUGCUUGACUCAAUUUGUGACGAGCGACAAAACUUCUUCGAGUUUGUGCCCAGUGAGUAUCUCUCAGUGCUUUAUAUAACUGGAUCACCUGAAUUGUCAAAGGGAAAAGUAAAACGUGUUGGCGAUCUGUAUGCCAAAGGAAAGCGGUACUCAGUCACGUACUUUUAACUAACUUUAUGUACUAUUUAAGGCCCCGUUUACACUAUACCGGAUUGCAUCGGAGCGUAGCGAUUUUUAUACCGGAUUCGGCUGCUGUUUACACUACGCCACAGUAAUCCGGUACGCGACGCGGAGCAAAAAUCACUCCGCUUUGGAGGUGAUAUGAAAAGUAAUCCGGUAUGUGCCGGAGCAGUGUAAACAGGCUAAUCCGGUACGCUUCGGUACAAAAUCGGUUUUGGCGUGUAUGUUUUAACAUUGUCGCCUUUAUUUGCUCGCUUUUACAAUUUACUUUAUAGCUGUUGUUUGUUUCGCCUUGCAACCAUUUACUAUUCCUGCCGAAUACAAGUAAAGAAAACGAUAAUAACAUUGACUUUUCGCUUUCGAAAGAGCAAAAUUUAAAGAAAUACUCUGAAAUUUUGGAUUAGAGCGAAACGAAGCAACGUCUGGUGGUCAAGCUUUUUAAAUAAAGUUAUACUUUACAAAGAAAACGGGUGUUACUUCUUGUUUUUAAUAAAUUUUGGUAUAUUGGCUACUUGUUUCCAUGGCGACAGUGAAAGACAUGAGCUGGCAACGGAGCGAAGCGGCAUAGUGUAAACACCCUUGAUUUUUUACUUCGGAGUAAAAAUUAAUCCGGUAUGAAAAGUAAUCCGGUAUAAUGUAAACUGGGCCUAAAAUAUGAGCAGCAGUUUUUUAUCAGAUAUAAAGACAUGAUACGAAGCCGAGUAUUUUUAGGUCUGGCAAAACACGAUUUAAAUUGCGUCAAAAACGAUCGAUCUUGUAAGUUCAUAAUUGGCGUAAUAAUUUUCAAAAAAUACGUUGCGUAAGUCGAGAAGAUCAAAGUUAAUGAUUUUUCUUAUGAUUUUUCUUUGUGUUUUUCUCAUGAAUUAUUAAUGCGUUUUAUAUAUUGGAAAAAUCUGUAGUGAAUUAUAUUGGGAAACUUUAUCAAUUUUAAACUGUUCUUCCUCGAGUUCCAGUGAGUGUUAUUACUCGCUGGGGCACCUGUGCCCGGGCGAGUAUAGGUUUCGGCACGCAUUUUUAGUGCAUUUCCAAUAGUGGAUCUCCAAUAGCUACAAAAUAGAAUAUUAAUGAGCUGCCUAUAAAUAAAACCGAAUUUAUCCAUUUCAAAAUGGCGGCCUUUCGUGGAGUGGGGAAAAUGUUUCAAACAAUUUCGUUAAAAUUUUCAACGAAUUGUACCUGUUUUCUAUGGAUUUUGCAUUGUGUCUAACUCUGGACAUUCUUGCUAGUUUAGUUAAUGCAUUUUUCUUGGUGCACGACUCUGAAAAUCCGAAAUUUGGAUCGUUGAAUUCCCGUGCACGAUCAUAAUAUACUGAAUCUGAAUAUAAACGAGCCAAAGACAAUUUCAAGGUGAAACCGUGAAAGGUUAUAACUUAAACUGCACAACGUAGUUUUAAUAGAUAACUGCUUUAUGAGAAGCAUAUUGGUGUCAUAUCAAUAUAAAAUUCAUCCAACAACAGUCCCUAAUACUUAUAGUUAGCUGUGAACGUAAACUGUAGUGUGAAAUAUGAUAUUGUAUUUGUAAUGCCUAAUGUAAUGGCGCAAUAAGGAUAAAAAUACCACCGUUCGAUUCAGCGUAAGAAGUUGUACUUACGGAUGUCAAAUGUAUUACUAAACAACAGUAUUCUAGCGAUUUAUGGCCUUUGAAAAUCAAGCGAAAUUGUAUUGUUGACAAAUCACUCGCAGUACGUUUGUACUUGUAGGCGUAAUCUAAUGGCGCAAUAAGGAUAAAAAUACCACCGUUCGAUUCAGCGUAAGAAAUUGUACUCACGGAUGUCAAAUGUAUUAUCUAUAAAUAUCUAUAAAUGAUAAAAAAUACAUGCAUGCAGCAAACCCUCGCCUUUCUUAACAGAUGAAGUAUAAAAACUCCACAUAAAGUAUUAAGACCAUUAUAAACAAACAUAAAAACACAACUGAUGCGCUAGCUUUAUAAUGAACGAUAACAUUCACUGCAAUUUCAUGCAUACCAGCUUGCUGCUUGCAUUAUUAGUGAAUUAUCAAGAAUGGCUUAAAAAUUUCGCAUAUAUGAAUAAAACCGACAAUACAAAGCAAGUACGGCAUGGAAUUUUACUACUGAAAUGUUUACCCUUACCCAAACCGGCACAAUUAACAACGAUUAAAUUGUCAAAGACAUCAACAUCAAUACAUCAAAACAUUUAUUAUACAAACUAACAAACAUUGUUUCACGGUUGAACAGCCACUAAUUCAUGAAACUGCAGGCUUAUUUCCAGUUAAAAUCGAGGGGAAAAAACCGUGUUGUACUUUUGUAAACUUUUUAACGAAAUUUAAAACAAAAAAUUGCUGUAAAACAGCAAAAUACGUCCUUUCAAAAUGAAAAACAAUUACUUCGGUAGAAUUUGUACUCGCGCAUGCGCAUAACGUAGAAAACCGUCCAUGACAUAAACAAAAUGGAGGGCAACUUUGCACUCCGCUAUGUUUUCACAUACCCGGGUAUGAUUAGCCGUGCGGAAUUAGUACCCUCGCACGGCGCUUCGCGCCGCCGGCUCGGGGAUAACAUGGUAUUUACCCAAAUAAACAUGCAGAGCACUGUUAUAUGUUGAUAUAGUUCAAAACAUAUUGCACAAAACUGUAACUGAACUAACUGAAAAGUUUAAUCUUCAAACUUUUUGCGCUCGUAUUCGAUUUUUCCGCUUAGCUUGCAUGGGACAACCCAGAGGGGACAACUUUAAAUCUUAAUUGAAAUAGCUGUGUACUGUAUAUACUGAUGUAUCAUAUACGGUAAUGUGCGUAUUUGUAUAGCCCCAGCGAGAUAACAUUCUUUAGAGCGUCUUGUUUCUUAUUGAUCCAGUGUUACUACGAGCGGUCCCUUAACCGACAUCACUUUUCUCAUUUCAGGCGAUACAGCAUCUGGUUGGUAUUUAUUCAUCAAUCGAUGGCAACCGAACAAGAAAGCUCGAUUGAUCUCACCAUCAACAACAAAAGCCAAAUCCUGUCUCCUCUUUUUUUACCACAUGUUCGGCUAUAACACGAAAGAACUUCGGGUAUUUAUUUUUAUUUAUUUAUUUAUUUCUAUUUAUUUAUUUCUAUUUAUUUAUGAACUCUCCCAAACAGUCCACGUGCCAGUGUCGUGGCAUCAGGUGAUCAAGGUCAACAUACCUUAUCAGAGUGAAACCUUUGGUGGUGAAGAUUUUAAAGUGAACAAACCUAUACCCUAUACUAUAUUUUCUCGAUCGUUGUGGUAUCGAGUACUGUCCAACCUAACUCCCGGCAUCCAUUGGGUAAAUUACGUCAAUAUAUAACUUUAUGCAAAACACUAUGCAGUAUAAUUUGAAUAAUCUUAAAUUUGACACAGCUAAGGGUUAACCAGUUCUUUUAUAAAAUCUGAUUGCUAUUUUUUGUUCGGACAAAUGUCCGGACAAUCUGGCAUUGCCGCAUUGGAUCGUAAAAACUGUAAUUUCAGGUUCUCCUAUAUCGUGAAUUGAAAUUAAACACAUUCAUACACUGAUAAAUAUAUUUAUUAUUUAUUUAAAAAAUUCCUGGUUUCUGAUUGGCUAACAGCCAAGUGUGAAAUUGUCAUAUCAACUCAAUGGCUAACCAAAUAUGGAUUUUUCACAUUCAUAUUAGCAAAAUGACGUCAAAGAGUCAAUAUGAAAAAAAUUUGGACGCGUUUGCGCCAUAUUACUAUGACGACGGGAAUCAUAUUGACUCGCUGACGCCAUUGAUAUGGCGACGACGACAGCUGCCGAAGGACUAAGGAAUUGUUUUUUUCUUAAUACAAAUAUAAUACAAAUGGCUUCCGUUUGUUUUGAAUUUUUUAAAUAAAUAAUAAAACAAUUAUCGAAUUCAGUUUUCGCACAAUAUGAAGAAUUAUCAAGCCCUCAGUUUGCCGUUAUCAACCUCAGCCUCCGGCUUCGGUUGAUAACGGCAAACUUCGGACUUGAUAAUUCUUCAUAUCGUGCUCAACCUCAUUCAAUAAUUGUUAAAUGUAUAAUUUCAGGUCUACGUGAAAUCUGGGGGUAAGAUGUAUUCUGUGUGGAGUCUUUCUGGAGAGCAAGGUGUCGAAUGGCAUCAAGCACAAGUGGCCGUGAACAAUCAAACGACGUCAUAUCAGGUGAGCAUGUAGAUCAGGUUGUUCCAUGGUUUUCAAAUCAAGGCGCAGAUACGCUUAUAUUUCGCACUGACUUAGGCCCCCUUUACACGAGCCCGGGUUGAUUUUCAACCCGGGUCAGCACGCCACAGGUGGUUAUUUUUUUAUUCUGUUUACAUGAACCCGGGUUGACGACAAUUUUUGCCAACCCGGGUCAGCAAUUCUCAACCCGGGCUGACUCGAAUAAUAUUCCGAGCAACAGACUGGAGCAGAGUGUAUUUUGUAUCCCUUAUAGAGCUCAUACGAUCAUAUUCCUUUUAGUUUUGGCUCUUAUAUCUUUCAGUUUACGAUUAUAUCCCUUUUUAUCAGGGAUUUAACCGUAUAGCAACGUUUUCUUUCUUUCCGGAUAGCUCCUCAAAUAUUCGGCAUCGAACGCCAACGCCAUACCUUCGCGCAACUUUGAAUACAUUGCGACAACAUCGGAGUUGAAAUCUAUAUUUUUUAUAAUCCAUCUCAGCUCCGUCUUAUAAGACUUAUAAUCCUUCGGAGAUGUCUGUACUAAACAUAGACGGAGAAAAUGCGCACGCAAAAUGUUGAAAUGCGAUAUGACGCUAGGUGCAAAGUUCACAAUCAUGAAUUUACCGCACUUUACAUGAUCCCGGGUCAAGCCAACCCGGCUUUACAUGAAGAAAUGAGUAAACUUUUCACGCGUUCACACCUCGCCAACCCGGGUCGACCCGGGUCUCGAGAAGGGUGCCCCGGGUUGGCGAGGUGUGAAAGGUUGACCCGGCUAUCGUGUAAACGCUAAUAGAGAUUUAUUCGUAGACGGGUUGACCCGGGCUGGCAAGCCAACCCGGGUUGAUAGUCAACCCGGGCUCGUGUAAAGGGGGCCAUAGUUACAGUCAGCUAUUUUAGCAACUCUUAAAAAAGGGCAUUUAUAGCCAUUUUAACACCAUACUUUUUCCAUUAUCUAUAUCCAUCAAAACAUAAAAACAUGGUCACAUUACCAAUUUUAAGCGCAGUUAUAGCGGCAGAUAUGUGUCAAGCGGGGAGUCCCUGACGUCACAGAGAACAGAUGUUCGUUUACUGGAUACAACCUAUAUAGUCGACUAUAGACUGAGUUCCUUUUUGCAUUGACUAUCAAUGUGACGGGUGCCGGAGGUGCCUUGACAGAAUUGGCAUGGCAAACUCCUAUUGCUACUAUGUCUAUAAUUAGCCUUAUUAUUACGUUUUUUGUUGUUUUUGCCACAGCUGUUUGCCAUUGCCAUUUGCCAGUUUUGCCAUAAAUGCAUGUUUGCCAGUUUUUGCCUGAUGUUUGCCAAUGUGCCAUUGCGGUCUUGCCUACGUGGCUAGAUCGCUGACUAGCUUCGAUCGGUAUCACCAACUCAGGUACGUUGCCGUUAAUUUCAACAAACUAGAUUUUAGACGACAUAAAUAGGACGAAAUUGUGUCUGUUGUAAGUAUCAACACUCUAUUUUAAGGAGUGUUACUACUACUAUGGCUUAUACCAUGGCUACAUGGCUUUACAUAAAUAAUGAGCCGUGUUCGUUUUAUCUUGCCGUGUUUUUUUUUCAUUUUUAAGCGUGAUAACACGGCAAAAACGGCCCAACACGGCCUUCUAGCUAAAACCCUGUAGGAGCAGGGUAUGGAAUUAGAAAUUCCUGCUUGUUCAAGUGCUAAAUAUUUCUGAAGUUCAUCUACCAGUUAACGGAAACGACCGCACUUUUCUAUACUUUUCUUGCAGUUUGUAAUCGAAGCUGUACGUGGUGGUUACUAUGGAGACAUUGCAAUUGAUGAUAUUUCUCUAAUGGUUUCAUGUCCUCCAAGAGGUGAAUCACUUGCGUACUAAUAGCUAUGUCGGCCGAAGUACCAUCAAUCUUUGACAAAAUAGAGUAGGAAAGCUGGGUUUCUUCGUAGUUCAUCAUUUGGUGCUACGUAUGGUUUAUAACGUAUUUUUACGAUUUUAGGAAAUCAAACUAGGAAACCUACGGUAGAUAAUAAAGGUAAGUAAAAAGGUGACAACAACAUUUACAGUUUCCACAACACCUGCAAUUUUACCAUCUCAAACUAUCUCUGAAGACAAGUGAUGUACUCUAGAACUUUUUCAUAUAUAUAUAUAUAUAUAUAUAUAUAUAUAUAUAUAUAUAUAUAUAUAUAUAUAUAUAUAUAUAGUUUUUCGUUUUACCUCAAAAAACCACAACAGUCUGUUUCAUCCGUAUAGGAAUCAUCAGGUGGUGAAUUCACCACCUGAUGAUUCCUAUACGGAUGAAACAGACUGUUGUGGUUUUUUGAGGUAAAACGAAAAACUAUAUUACGCUCUACCUAUAUGGUAUUGAGCACUGUUUGUGUUUCGUAAACAAAAAUCUUAAGCUAUAUAUUAUAUAUAUAUAACUUAGCUUAAGUUUUUGGUUUACGAAACACAAACAGUGCUCAAUACCAUAUAGAUAGGCCUAAUAUAGUUACAUUUUCGCGGACAAAACUAGAAACAUUUACGAAACAUCACUGAACACAUACAACAAACUCUUACAUGACAACAUCACGAAAACGUACAAACAUGGAUCAGAGGAUUUUAUAGAUAAAAUUGACUCUGAAUUGAAAGAAAUUUCGAGUAGGUUAGGAAUUGGCGACAGAAUUGAACGAAUGUAAAAACGCGAAGCAUUUAAUCUUUAAAAGAUCACGAAGAAAAUUUCGAGAACAAUCCAAAAUGCCGAUUAAUUAUAAUCCUGCAAAAAGCGAAUCCGGAAAACUAAGUAAGGUUAUUUUAGAUAAAAUCAAUUCCAAUUUGAGACAAAAACUAAAUUCAAAUCAAUGGAGGAAUACGCAACAAGUAAUUUAAUGGUUUGGCAAUAUAAACGAUAAAGACAGGCACAGUUUUAUUUCGUUUGACCUUGUGGAUUUUUACCCAUCCAUUUUCGAAAAACGUUUAAACGAAGCAUUGGCCUGGGCUUCUGAUUUGGCCACUAUCUCCGAAAGCGAUGAUAUUUCAAUAAUAAAACAUGCAAGAAAAUAUCUACUUUUCGGCAACGGCAAAUUAUGGACAAAAAAAGACGGAAGCAACAGUUUCUUUGACGUCACUAUGCAUGGGUAGUUCCGACGGCGCUGAAAUUUGUGAGCUGGUAGGCCUUUUCAUUUUAAAUCACUUAGGUAAGAGGUUUGGCAAGGAAAACAGCGGCCUCUAUAGAGAUUACGGUUUGGCUAUUAUAAAAAGCAAAUCCGCCCGUUUACUAGACAAAACUAGAAAAGAGUUACACAAAAUUUUCGAGCAAUUUGACCUGAAAAUCACCGCCGAAGUAAAUUUGAACGUUGUAAUUUUUUUAGAUGUUACUUUCAACCUGAACAACGCAAAACACAAACCAUACAGGAAACACAAUGACGAUCCAUUGUACAUCAACAGACAUUCAAACCACCCACCAAGCAUUACAAGACAAUUACCUACGGCUAUCAACAAGCGCAUUGUACUAUACGAACAAACAUUUAAGGAAUCUACGCCUAUUUACCAGAACGCCCUUAGACAUUGUAACUUUGAUCACGAAUUUACGUACGCUCAGGAUGCAUCGCAAUGGACGCGUAGGAAUAGGCAACGUAACAUAAUUUGGUUCAACCCACCAUUUAGUAAGAGUGUUAACACGAACGUAGGACGGAAUUUUUAAGUUUAAUUCCCAAACACUUUCCACUACAACACAAAUUACACAAGAUUUUCAACAGAAACACUUUAAAAGUAAGCUAUAGUUGCAUGAACAACGUUAAGCCUAUAAUCACCAAACACAACGCACAUAUAAUUAGGAACAGCCAAUCACAGAAUACGGAAACUGACAACUGUAUAACUGCGACAACAAAAACACUUGCCCACUACCGAAACAAUGUAUGACCAACAACACUCACAAAGCCACAGUCACAACGAACAACACGAACGACACUAAACACUACAUUGGUAUGACAGCGACUACAUUUAAGGAACGGUACGCUAACCACACUUCAUCUUUUCGUCAUAAAAAAGACUCAAACAAAACGGAACUUUCGAAACAUAUUUGGAAAUUAAAAGAAAACAAUCAGGAUUAUACCAUCAAAUGGUCAAUUUUAAAACACGCUAUUUCGUACACAGGGGGAUCAAAACGCUGCAAUUUAUAUUUGGAAGAAAAAUUUUGUAUUUUGAAAGACAUAAACAAAGACAAUUUACUCAAUAAAAGAAGCGAAAUUUUCGGCAAAUGUCGUCACAAAAACCGGUUUCGAGUAAACAUAAAUUUAUUCGCAUAAUCAAUUUGGAUUCAAUUGUAUACCCUAUGCAAAUAAGUGUUAAAUAUUAUUUUAUUCAGACAAGGGAACAACGGAUGAUUCCAACAGAAUCAUUAUCAUAGCGACAACAGUGGGUGCUGGUGUAUUUCUUAGCAUUGUGCUUAUCGUCUUACUGAUGAAAUACAAACGACGGAAUCGGGCUUCAAAAUUAUCAACUCCUGUAUUCAAUAUUCCAUUGGAGACGAAUGAAAUUUCACCAGAACCAUUGCCAGUUGAUGAGGUAAAUUAUGGCAUGAGCUCACUGAACCGGCUUUAGAACUGAUAGAGCUAUCGAGUAUAAGUAAAUAGUUUGUAUACUUGAACUUCGAGGGUUUUUCUGCCUCCAGUUUUUCUCCUUCAUAAAAAAACAACUCGUAGAAAUUAUUUGUCAAGCACGUGCCCUCAGACUCGGGUGAAUGGACUUAUUCCCUAAUAAACAAAAUUUUGAUCUAGACAAGUCUAGACAAAAGUUUCAUAACAGCUUGAAAGAGCAUCACAAAAUUAAAAAUAUUCCGACGUUUCGUUGCGAAAUGUUGUAAAAUGCGGAUAAUUAUAGCCCUGCGAAGUUUGCCGUUUUUCAGUCAUUUUGUAUUACGCGCGGGAAAUUGAUACCGCUUUCUGAAAAAAGGUAUCAAUUUCCGGUGCGUAAUACAAAAUGACUGAAAAACAGCGAACUUCGCAGGGCUAUAUAUUAUCCGCAUUUUACAACAUUUUGCAACGAAACUUCGGAAUAUUACUAAUUUUGUGCUACUCUUUCAAACUGUGAUGAAAUUUUUGUCUAGACUUGUCUAGAUCAAAAUUUUGUUUAUUAGGUAAUUGGUCAAUUAGGCAACCACACUCGUGUAAUCGUCAUUAAAUAAAUCAUAAUCCUUCUUAUAAAAAAAACAGGAUCCAUGUUACGAAACUAUCGGAAAGUUUUACGAUGACUUCGGCACAAGUGGAAGCGAGUCUGAAGACCCAUCAGCUGACGGUCAGUAGAUAUUAUAUUUGGGCCCGCAGCAAUUGGCGUUAUGCUGUUGUGGGGACCCUGCCAGAAUUUGUAAUUUAUGUAACGGCAAAGUUAUUAAAUUUUUAAAAAAUAUCCAAUCUGUGGUAAGGGGCGGACCAUUAGAAAAGUGAUGGGGGGGGGGGACUUUUCUUGCAUGCACGAUAUUUUUUUCGACUGCUUUGGCGUUGCAGGAAUUUUUUUUUGGCACCAAAUUAUUUGCACGAAUUUUUUUUUUCCAUGAAACUAGAAGUUUUCUUAACAAAGCACAAGUAACGUAUGAAAAAGACUAACUAUUUUCUGUUCUUUCAAUAAAUAAUGUGAUUAAAUUCCUUGAACAAUUACUUUUGAAAAGUUGUAGAAAACUAUUAUAUAUUUUAAUACAGCCAUGGAGUCAAAAGACGAAGAUCUCUCAUUUUCCUCAGACCUAGCCCCACCCAUUCACCCAAAGCCAAACCCCAAUACCAGACUUUUUAUUAAAAACACAUAUUUUAUACAAAAUACGUUUUCAACUUCAAGUUACGAUUUCAGUAGUAACUCUGUGCGAGUCAGUUUAAUACCUGUGUCUGACUCUGAUUAAAAGACAUACAUGAUUACAUGAAGCCGUCCAAUUCUUAUAUACCAUUCCAAAUGAUGCAAAGCCAAAGGCACCGCAAUUGAAUUUGCGGCUACAUGGCCCACCAUUCUAUAAUCUUCUAUAGACGUCUAUAGAAGAUAUUAAACGAAUUUUUUUUAAAGUUAAUUUGCCUUGCACGAAUUUCCAUCACUUUUCUAAUGGUCCGCCCCUAAUAUGUUUAAAAUCCCACUAACCUUUCAAAUUUCAAUUUUCCUGCAUGCCGAUUGGUCAAAACCGUAUCACGUGUCGGUCAUGUUCACUGCGAGGGGGCAACCGGUCAACAAUAUGAACAAUUAUUGACCGGUUUAAAGCAAAGUCCUUUCAAGAGUUUCAGCAUGUCUACCAGUCAGUUUUAUUACAGUUUCGAAAUACCAGGUGAAUUAUUGAGACUUUGACACUUGCUAUGUGAGUAAAACACUUAUAAGUUAUAAUAAUUUUGUUUGUGGAAACACCACGUAAAUUUAUUACUGCAAAUUUAAAACACUACGUAAAUUUAUUACAUUUAUUUUUUACGUGGUGUUUCCACACACAAAAAGUAUUUUUUGUUUUAUCGUCAUGCAAACCUACAAGGAACUUAGUAAAACAGAUAUUUACCGAGACCUCAGGAAAACAACGUGUUUUAUGGUUCCGAGACCGCGGUUGUUGCCCGAGGCGAAGUAAAUAAAUGAUAUUAAUUACCUCCCAACAUUGUUCUACAGUGAAAACAGUUAUCAACAUUGGUUUCUUUUCAACCAAGAUAUAUUACAUUUCUUGUUAGAAUGAGCGAAUAUUACACAUACAAUGAACUGUUUUCCUUUCCAACAAAGCUGUCACUUGCUAUAUAAUAGGGAGUUUUAGCAUUUGAUCGCGUGUGAGGAAAUCACUGUAGUCGUUCUUGUUUCCGUUCAAAUGUUGCUUUUACAGCAGUAAACAAACAACGAGAGAAAAAGUUUCAUAAACUGAAUCUCCUGUAGGCUAAAAUCCCCUACAAAAUGUGCAAAUAAGUCAUAACAUUAAAAACAAGCCAGAUAUUUAGUAUUUGUGCCGGAUAAACGCUAUAUAAACGCUACAAAUUAUUUUUUUGAAAACAAAAAAAGCAAAGUUUCUUUGUUUUUUUAUAAGUCGUCGUGAGGACUACGAAAUUUCUCCAAAAUUUCGUACUCAGAUGGGCGACGGCUACGACUUUUUCGCGUCAGUACCAUAGAGAUUAUAAAUAUUAUAAUCUCUAUGGUCAGUACGGGAUGGCGUAAGCAUACAGCAUGCGUUUCGCUUGACGAAUCUCGUACUCGUAGUCGCUGCUAAAGCUCCCUAAUAGUAAUAAUGAGGAUUGCAACUGUCCCCGGCUAUGACCACCAAUUUUCAACUUUGAGCCGGUUCAAAUUUUGAUGAGAGUUUUUGCUAUAUUCCUGCGCUAAUAUUCAGUCAAAUCUCGUCAACUGUCAGUACCAGCUCUUCUUCUCGUUUCAUUGGGGCACGAUAGAUGAGAGAAAUCUCGUGCAAACUCCCGCUUCUCAACUAUCUUUCUCGUUUGACCAUCGCUUUAUAAUCCAUCUUUUGUUUAAAGGCGGGACAUCACUUUACGAUCGGGUUGGAGUACCAUCAAAUGCAGACAAAACGUCUGAGUACGAAACACCUGUCGAAAAUGAACAUCAGCGGCCAGGUAACGAAAUUGACGCUUGAAAUUGUUGUUCUCACUGCAGACUCUCACUGGCCAACUCUUAUCAACUCUCAUUCUGUUUGACCAGGGUUUAUAAUCUUUUGUUUCUAAAGGCAGGACAUCGGAUCACGACGAGGUUGAAGUACCAUCAAAUGCACACCAGGCUUCUGGACACACUGAACUCAAUAAACGACCCGAUACCUUGAAAAGGGGGGCGACAGGCGAUGGUGAUCAUCAGGCAUUUUUAAAGAAGGUUGACAUCAUUGAGAUAUACGUAAUACAGGUUCCAGAGGAAGCACAACACGAAACAGGUCAAAAUGAAACCUAUGAAGAGCCCAAAUUAUCGCCAGAAAAUCCUGUUUAUACGGAGCUUGAUGUGAAAGGCAGAAAUACAACGGAAAAUGGUACCUAUCAGAAUCUAGUAAAGCAAGACUUAGAUUAUGUUACACCAGCUCCCGAGAGAAGAGAGUCGUACGUAUAA